AGAGAGGCCACUACACAUGUGAGUCCGUCCUUUUCAUUUCCCUCCACCUUUUCUUUUCCCUCCCACUCCAGGAAAAAAACCGAAAAAAAGAAAAAUAAAAAAGGAAAAACCCUCCGACGCUCGUCAUCCGUCCGAUCGACCGAUCGGACCAUAUAGUCCGUCGGAAAGAUGUCCACCUUCGGCUCCAAAUCCCAGCACCGAUCAUCGGCCAGCAUCUCCCCUUUCCGCUCCAGGAAGAUCGCAUCUCCUUCUCCGCCCGGGCCCGGGCCCAGGCCUGCCACCGGCAGGCCCACCACUCCAUCCUCCUCUCGGCCUCCUCCGCCGUCCAAACAUCCGUACAUCUCUCCGUCCAAUACCCCCAGUCCGUCCACCCCCACUUCGGACCGUCCCGAUUUCUCCAAGUCCAAGGAGAAUGUCACAGUCACCGUCCGAUUCCGGCCCCUCAGCGCUCGGGAGAUCAACAAGGGUGACGAGAUUGCUUGGUAUGCCGACGGGGACUUCACCGUCCGCAACGAGUACAAUGCCUCCAUUCAAUACGGUUUCGAUCGAGUAUUUGGGCCGGCAACAACUACACGCCAUGUUUAUGAUGUUGCUGCUCAGCAUGUUGUUAGUGGUGCCAUGGAAGGAAUUAAUGGCACUGUCUUUGCUUAUGGUGUUACUAGCAGUGGAAAGACUCAUACAAUGCAUGGUGAGCAAAAGUCUCCUGGAAUUAUUCCACUUGCAGUGAAGGAUGUAUUUGGGAUUAUCCAAGAGACUCCCGGGCGAGAAUUUCUUCUUCGCGUUUCAUAUCUGGAAAUAUACAAUGAGGUUAUAAAUGAUUUACUUGAUCCCACGGGCCAGAACCUAAGAAUAAGGGAAGAUUCUCAGGGGACUUAUGUGGAGGGUAUCAAAGAAGAGGUUGUUUUAUCCCCUGCUCAUGCCCUUUCUCUGAUCGCAUCUGGUGAAGAGCACAGGCAUGUGGGUUCUAACAAUUUUAAUUUACUCAGUAGUAGGAGCCACACUAUUUUCACCUUGACCAUUGAAAGCAGUCCAUGCGGCGAAAAUCAAGGGGAGGAAGAUGUGACCUUGUCACAAUUGAAUCUGAUCGAUCUUGCAGGAUCUGAGAGUUCUAAAACUGAAACUACUGGGUUGCGCAGAAAAGAAGGUUCUUACAUAAAUAAAAGUUUGCUUACUCUUGGGACUGUGAUUGCUAAACUAACAGAUGGUAAGUCUACACAUAUUCCCUAUAGAGAUUCAAAACUCACUCGUUUGCUGCAAUCCUCUCUUAGUGGUCAUGGACGAGUUUCUCUUAUUUGCACUGUGACCCCUGCAUCCAGCAACAGUGAAGAGACGCACAAUACAUUAAAGUUUGCACAUCGGAGCAAGCAUGUGGAAAUUAAAGCUUCUCAAAAUAAGAUUAUCGAUGAGAAGUCUCUUAUCAAGAAGUAUCAACGAGAAAUUUCCAGCUUAAAACAAGAGCUGCAGCAAUUAAAGCGUGGGAUAAUGGAGAAACCAUAUCUGAUUGCAUCUGGCCAAGAAGACCUUUUUAAUUUGAAACUUCAGCUUGAAGCUGGCCAAGUCAAAUUGCAGUCAAGAUUGGAAGAAGAGGAACAAGAAAAAGCAGCCUUGAUGGGUAGAAUUCAACGGUUGACAAAAUUAAUCUUGGUAUCCUCUAAGAAUACAAUAGCCCCAACUAUUCCCGAAGUGGCUGGCCAUAGACGACGUCACUCUUUUGGCGAAGAUGAGCUGGCAUAUUUGCCUGAUAGGAAACGUGAGUACAUGAUCGAUGAUGAUACCGGUAGCCUUGAUUCAGAGUUUUCAGAAGGAAGAUAUGAUGCUGUGAACCUAGAUGACUCGAUUAAAGAAUUCAAAAAGAAUAGGAGGCGUGGAAUGCUUGGCUGGUUUAAAUUGCGGAAGCCUGAGCAUCUUCUUGGACAAUCAAGUAUUGCUGACACUGAGAGCUCCACGAGUGGGUCACCAGCAUCCUCUUCACAGUUAUCUCAAUCUAAAAUUCUGGACAUGAAGGAUGGACGAAGAAAAUCAGUGAGUAGAAGGGGUGAUGAUACUUGUUCAGUUGACUCCUUCCCUGAAAGAACACAAGCAGGUGACUUGUUUAGUGCAACUGUCAAAGGACGCCGAGUGCCACCGACUGGGACCACUAUUACAGAUCAAAUGGAUCUACUCCGUGAGCAAGUAAAAAUGUUAGCUGGGGAGGUGGCCUUAUGUACAAGUUCUUUGAAGCGAUUAUCAGAGCAAGCAGCCAGCAAUCCCGGAGAUUCACAUCUUCAGGAGCAUAUGCAGAAGCUGAAAGAUGAAAUCAAUGAAAAGAAGCUUCAAAUGCGUCUUCUUGAGCAGCGGAUGAUUGGGUCAAUUGAAGUCACUCCAAAUACAUCAAACAGCAUCGAAAUGUCUCAGACUCUUUCAAAGCUCACUACACAAUUAAACGAAAAAACUUUUGAACUUGAGAUAAAAUCAGCUGAUAAUAGAAUCCUUCAAGAGCAGCUUCAGAUGAAGAUAUCUGAAAAUGCUGAGAUGCAGGAAACAAUUCUUUUGCUAAGGCAGCAGCUCAGUUCUUUAUCAGAGAAAGACUCCAGCUAUCCAGAACAUAUCACAGAGAAUGAAGUUUCUAUGCUCAGGGAUAGUUUUGCAGAGGGAUGUAGAGAAAAUGGUGGGUGGAUGGAGGGCCUUGGUUCAUCUGAAGGAACUUAUAUGGAUGGGAAUACACCGAAAAGCGUUGUGAGCUUGCCAGGUAGUUUCUCACAGGAAAACUUUAAAGGGUCCAACACUGAAGUACCUGUGAAUUCUCAAGUUCUCAUGCAGGCUGCUGAGAUAGAAAAUCUGAAACAAGAGAAGGUGAGGCUUAUUGAAGAAAAGGAUGGGCUUGAAAUUCACAGCCAAAAGCUGGCAGAGGAAGCAUCAUACGCCAAAGAGUUGGCUGCAGCAGCAGCAGUUGAGCUUAGGAAUUUGGCUGAAGAAGUGACAAAACUUUCUUACCAAAAUGCAAAGUUGACUGGUGAUUUGGCUGCAAAAAAAGAAUUGGGCCUAUGCAGAACUAAUUCUUCUCAUAAUAGGCACUCCCCUUCUGAUGGGAAGCACGACCAAGCCAGCAGUUCACGACCUGAUGCUUGCAUGAGAAAACAGGAGGACGGACCUUUGAUUGAACAUUUGCGAAAAGAACUUAUUGCAAGACGUGAGAGAGAAGCUUCUUUGGAGGCCGAGUUAUCUGAGAAGGAUCAAAGAGAAGGCGAGCUACAAAAGAGAAUUGAAGAAGCAAAGUUACAUGAGCAGGAUUUAGAAAACGAGCUUGCAAACAUGUGGGUGUUAAUUGCAAAAAUGAGGAAGACUGGAAUUAGUUCUGAGGAAUCCUCAUUUGAUGGGGCUAAUGGUUCCGAUACAUUCCAACCAAGAGUACGAAAUGGCUUUCCUUCAUCCAAUGGUAACACAAGUAGAAAGUUCAAGGAAGGAGAAUUUAGUGCGAACACAGAUAACUUGAGCACAUUGGAAGAAGUAAGGGCUACCUAUGAAAAUGAAAGAAGAAGGUGCAAAGAACUAGAAGGCGUCAUUUCUAAAUUAAAGAGCGAAGAUCUUGAUGGUCUGGAUAUCACUGCUCUUGAAGAACUGCAAAGUCUUCAUGUUGAGGCGAUAACAAGGAUCUGCCAUGCGAAGUGUUCAAAUCACGUCUUAUAGCCAAUCGAGUUUCUUCAACAUUUGGGUACUCAGCAGAAUUUAGUUACUGCUCUGUGAGAUGGGAUGCCUCUGUACAGUAACCGGAUUCGUCUCCACGGCAAUUGGUUUUUGGGGAUAGGUGGAAGAUCUUCAUAUCAUCAUCAGUACACAGGGCUAAGCUAGCAACAUCACAUGUAUGUCUUUGUAUAACAACAAAAUCUGUGCUGCACAUGCACCUGUUGUAACAAGAAACAACUCCUUUUCCCCUUAAUUUAUGAUUAUGAUUUUUGAAUGUGUAUGUAUUUGCAGUAUAAAAUAGCGCGGAUCCUCUCUCUCUCUCUCUCUCUCUCUCUCUCUCUCUCUCUCUCUCUCUCUCUCUCUCUCUGCUAUGCCAUUGGUCUGUUGGGAAAGAUACACUUGAAGGGUCCCACAUACUUUUUGAUGGAAGCUAUAUCAGGCAUUGUAAUUUCGUCAAUAGAUAUUAUUGGGGUGGUGGCCCCAAUUUUUGGAGGUCA